AUGCCUGACAAAUCUAUAGACGAACAACUUCUGGCUGGUGCUUUUCUUGAUCUUGAACUUAACCUUAAACAAGAAAUUCGUCAAAAUAGUGCUGUAGAGCUGGCCAAACUGGCCAAAUAUCAUAAGCAAAAGGAGAAUCAAUUAAUGCUGAUUGAGGAAAAGAUUGACCGCCUUAUAACGAAUCGCGAGGACGGCAAAUUUGCUUAUUUAAAGAAGAGACUUGGUUGGAACACAAAAACGGCUGAAUUUAGUCGUCAAAGUUUUCAAUGUGGUAAAAUUAAGGAUGCUCGACAGUAUGAAGGCCGUGGCAACUCAAACACUGAGCGUUGGAACGAAGUGGUUCUUUUAUUUUUUCUUUUAUGCUGUGUACACGAGCGCAUGCUCCGUAGGAUGGGGGUCUCAGAAUUUUCACUCUUUUAUAGUUAA